UCUAUGGCGGUGGUCUGUAUCGUUUCUCAUAUCUCGUUGAAUCCCCCUUGCGCCGUCGCCAGUGACCCCCUCUUGCCCUUUCAGUCUUUCUGCUGCCCGGCUUACGUGCUUUUCUCAUCCCCCAUGGCCUCUGUCAGCGGGGUUUGGUUUCUGUUUCUCGGCGUUGUUGCCACUGCUCUUCUCUGGGGAGCCAGUCUCUGGAAUGGGACUGUGAAGGAGCUCAUUCUGACAGCCUACUACGGCAAGUUCCAAGAUGGCACCCCGUUUCACACUAAUUAUACUGGCUUUCUCCCGCUCGACUUCCCUAUUGCCGUCUUGGUUGCAUUCUUCUACUAUGGAACCAACGGGUCACACCCGGGCUACCAGCACUUCCUCGUGGAUGCGUAUUCCACAUUGCAGCUGGCCUUUGUCUGGUUGUAUGUGGAAGGACUCCGACUUGAGGAUAAGCCAUAUUCGGUUGCAAAACCUGUUCUUUGGGGUCUGCUUUGGCAAGCUAUCGGCGGUGCUAUUGCAUGGCCCAUUUACUUCUUCUACCAUAUCCGUUGGUUCAACACACGACAAGGACCGCUUCGUCCGGUAUCCCUUCCGUCCGCAAAGGCACUUCCUUUCAGCUUUCUUCUGGGCGCGGUUCUUCCGGCAGUCAUAGGCAUGCUGCCGACCUGGUUGCCUCGACUACCUCACACGCAUCAGUCCAUUCUGGCAGCAUGGCAACCAGAUCCUGUCUGGGUAGCAGUGAUCCAAGCAGGUUUCACAAAACUCUUCUCGUCACCGGAAGACGCAAGCAAGGCUGUAUGGUGGACGAAAGCCUCCCUUUUACUCUCAGCGGUGGCGUGCACAAUCGGACAUACCUACACCAUGUGGACGGUUCUCACAUCGUCCGAUGAGCGACUGAGCUUUGCACGGAUGUAUAUUCCCCAUCUGGUCGAUGGACCACGGGACGCUGCAGCUCUCCUGGCGAGCGGCCCGUGGCUGUUCCUGCAAUAUGACCUGAUCAUAUACUCAUUGGCAAGUGUGUCUUGGGCAUAUCUUCUGGUCGCACGGUUGGUGACACCAGGAGCUCUGCCGCGCCUGGUGGUGCUACCGGCGCUGUUUGUAUUGGGGUCGGUGAUCCUGGGACCUGGAGCGGCUGUCUCACUGGCGUUGUUCUGGAGAGAGGGGACCGUUAUAGUAAACAGGAAGGAUGCGAAGUUGUCAAAGAGAUCAUUGAAUAAGUUUAAACAGUGACGUGGGUGGUUAUU